CAACGAACCCCACCGUAAGAAGAAGCACGAAUAGUAAAUAUCAAUAAUCUUCCGUAGUCAGAUAGCCGCACGUCGCGGCUACUACAAAAAUCAAUAGAAUGAGCCUUGACGACGUCAUAUACGUAAUCUGUCUUCUCGCCUGUAUUGGCGCCGGCAAUUACGUGAAGAAAAUUCGCGAUGAGACACAACGGAAAACCCUUUGCUCCGUCCUCGGCAUUCUAGUGGUUGUCGUCGUCUCGGGCUUCCACAGUCUGCACUGCGCCAUUUCCGUGGCUCUGGGCACGGUAUGUGUGCUCCUCGUGCAUCCCAGCCAAUGCCACUUGGUCACAUUUGGUGUCAUGUUUGGCUACCUUGUUUUCUUCCGGCUCGUGUAUCUCUUUGGCCUGCCCGCCGUGCCCGGCCACACAAACAUGAUACAGAUGUUGCUUACACUAAAGGUCUCUGGCAUUGCAUUUGAGCGAAACGCUGCGUGGAAGCGAUUGCGUGCCCGUGACGAACAGGAGAAGAAUACGGAGCGCGAUGUGAACAGCGAGCCGAGCAUCGAGAUCACCGAUUACGAUGUGGAGCUGCAGCAACUGUCAGCCACUGAGAUUCUGCUCUACAGCUUCAACUAUGUGGGCAUACUUACAGGUCCCUACUAUAGAUAUCGCACAUAUCGCGACUACUUCGAGAUGCCCUUCAAGGAUCAUGCACCCAGUGUACAGGCUACCAUCGAGCAGCUGAAAUGGGCCGGCUUCUAUUGCAGUCUCUAUCUGUUGGCCAAUUACAUUUGGCCUCUGGACUACGCGAUGAGUGAUGAGUUCUAUAACGAUCGAUCGGUGCUCUAUCGCCUGCUGUACGUGUGGCCCACAUUCUUCAUCUUCCGUGCACGCAUCUACACUGGACUCACGUUGAGCGAAUGCGUCUGCACCAUGGCUGGCUUUGGUGCGUAUCCCGAUGAGGCGGAUGCCACCAAUGGCGAAGGGCCGCGCAAACGUUAUCAGCACUUGAAACGUGAUGCCGACAAGCACAGUUAUAAUUUUACCACGAUUGUAAAUACUCGCGUUGGGGAUGUUGAGCGUUGCUGGACAUUCCGUGAGGGCAUGAAGCACUGGAAUGUGUGCGUUCAAUACUGGCUGGCUGUGAAUGUCUACAAGUUGUUCCCCAUCAAGAAAUACAGAACUUUGGCCACAUUUCUGUGCUCCGCCUAUUGGCAUGGCUUCCGCCCAGGACACUAUUUCUGCAUCAUGGGCGCACCCAUAUAUGUGCCACUCGAGGAUAUGUGGCAUAAGCUGGUGCGCAAGGAUGCCACUGGCACGCGUCGCACCGUCAUCGAUGUGCUCUUCUGGAUAUGCAAAUGGUGGGCCUUCAGCUAUCUAGGCACCGCUUUCCUGCUCUCUUCCUUCGACAGUAUUUGGCGUUUCUACAGCUCUGUCUAUCACAUUGGCUACAUCAGUUGGGCUGUGCUAGUGGCUCUUGGUCUCUAUUUAACUAAACUGAAGAAGGCAGCUGAACGUCGAGCAAAGCGAGCUGCUGAUGCAGCCGGCGAUGCCAGCGAAGUGAAGCAAAAGGCGCAAUAGCUAAAAAGGGGAAAUAUCAGAUAUUGAAAUAGUAAAAUAUGGCAAUUAAUAUUUACGUCUUAGUCCACUAUCUUAUGCCGAUAUUAAUCAAAUUGUAAACUGUAGUUGUAAGGGGAAAAGUAAUAAUUAAAUAAAGUUAGACUAAUCGUUUUUACUGUA